AUGGAACCAGAGCUUCCCGAAGGAGAAGGAGGAGGAGAAGCAGCGGAGGAAGGGCUGAUCGAGUUCUACGGCUCCUUCAAGGAGAUGUUUGAGUUCUUCUGCAAGAACACGACGAUCCACGGCACCAUCCGCCUGGUGUGCUCGGGCAGGAACCGCAUGAAGACGGCGUUCUGGACGCUGCUGCUGCUGGCCAGCCUGGGCAUGCUCUACUGGCAGUUCGCCCUCAUGUUCAGCCAGUUCUGGGCCUACCCCGUGGUGCUCACCAUGUCCAUGGACUCCGAGCCCAAAAUGUUCCCGGCCGUCACCAUCUGCAACCUGGAUCCCUCCCGGUUUGAGCUGGUCAGCGAGCAGCUGGAGCAGCUGGAGCGCAUGGCCGAGGAGUCGCUGGCCUUCCUGUACGGCCCCAAGGCCUCGGCCAGGCUGUCCCAGCUGAGGGACAGGAACAGGGACCGGGACAAGGACGGGGCCAUCCGGGUCCAGGCCUGGGCCAACCUCAGCAGCGCCGGCUUCAGGCUCAGCCACAACUUCUCCCUGGUCAGGAUGUGGGACCCCAGCGCAGGCGAAAAACACUCCAGAGUGGGAUUCCGGCUGUGCAACUCCACAGGUGGGAAUUGCUUCUACACCUCUCACCCGUCGGGCAUGGACGCGCUGCUCGAGUGGUUCCGCUUCCACUACAUGAACGUGAUGGCCCAGCUGCCCCCGGGGCUGCCCCAGCACCAGCAGCACUUCCAGGACCUGGUCUACUCCUGCCAGUACGAUGGGGAGCCCUGCAGGCCCAGUGAUCACGUUCACUUCCACCACCCAGUUUUUGGGAGCUGCUACACUUUUAACAGCAAGGGGACAGAUCCUUUCUGGGCAGCCACAAAACCAGGAAUUCCUUAUGGGCUGUCCCUGAUCCUGCGGGCCGAGCAGAAGGAGCACCUCCCGCUGCUGUCCACGGUGGCCGGGGUGAAGGUGAUGAUCCACAGCCACAACCAGACCCCGUUCCUGGAGCACGAGGGCUUCCACAUCCGCCCGGGCAUCGCCACCACCAUCGGCAUCCGCCAGGACCAGGUGAAUCGCCUGGGGGGCAACUACGGCAGGUGCACCAGGGACGGGGCCGACGUGGCCGUGGAGCUGCUCUACAACAACUCCUACACCCUGCAGGCGUGCCUGCACUCGUGUUUCCAGCGGGCCAUGGUGCAGCGCUGUGGCUGUGGAUAUUUCUAUUACCCACUGCCUGCCGGGGCUCGCUACUGCGACUACAGCCGCCAGCCCGCCUGGGGGCACUGCUUUUACCAGCUCUACUCCCGGCUCCGGAAUCACCGCCUGGAUUGUUUCCAGCACUGCCCCAAACCCUGCAGGGAAUCCCUGUACAAGGUCUCAGCUGGCACAGCGAAAUGGCCCUCGGCAAAAUCCCAGGACUGGGUGCGCCAGGCUCUGCGGCACCAGAACGGCUACAACUCCAGCAGCAGCAGGAGGGACAUUGCCAAGGUCACCAUCUUCUACCGCCAGCUCAGCUCCCAGGCUGUGCACGAGGCCCCGCUGCUCUCAGAGAACCUGCUGCUGUCCAGCAUGGGCAGCCAGUGGAGCCUGUGGUUCGGCUCCUCGGUGCUCUCGGUGGUGGAGAUGCUGGAGCUGCUCCUGGACACGCUGGUGCUGUCCCUGCUCUUCUGCCUGCAGCGCCUCCGGCCCGGGCGGGGCCCCGGGGGCGCCGGGGAGCGGCGGGAGCGGCCGGGGAGCGGCCGGGAGGGAGCCCGGGGGGCGGGACGGGGGCGGGAGCUGGAGCUGGGACAGCUGUGA